AUGGCGACAGGACGGAGGCGAGAAGGCGUUGAGAGAAUUUCCGAUGCGCUUGUGGCGACGCAGGAGAGGCAAAAAGUUUCCUCUAACACUGCAACAAAGAAAGUUCCCACUAAGACUGCAACCAAAAUAGUCCCCUCUAAGACUGCAACAAAGAAAGUUUCCUCUAAAACUGCAACAAAGAAAGUCUCAAAUAAGACUGCAACAAAGAAAGUCCACCCUAAAACUGCCGCAAAGAAGGUCCACACUAAGACUGCCACAAAGAAAUUUCCCACUAAAACUGCAACAAAGAAAAUCUCCACUAAGACUGCCAUAAAAAAUGUUCCCUUUAAGACUGCAAUAAAUAAAGUCCCCACUAAGAAUGCAACAAAUAAAGUCCCCACUAAGAAUACAACAAAGAAAGUCCCCUCUAAGACUGCAACAAAGAAGGUCCCCACUAAGAAUGCAACAAAGAAAGUCCCCACUAAGAAUGUAACAAAGAAAGUCGCCACUAAGAAUGCAACAAAGAAAGUCGCCACCAAGACUGCAACAAAGAAAGUCGCCACCAAGACUGCAACAAAGAAAGUCGCCACUAAGAAUGCAACAAAGAAAGUCGCCAGUAAGACUGCAACAAAGAAAGUCGCCACUAAGAAUGUAACAAAGAAAGUCGCCACUAAGACUGCAACAAAGAAGGUCCCCACCAAGACUGCAACAAAGAAAGUCGCCACUAAGAAUGCAACAAAGAAAGUCGCCACUAAGAAUGCAACAAAGAAAGUCGCCACUAAGAAUGUAACAAAGAAAGUCGCCACUAUGAAUGCAACAAAGAAAGUCCCCACUAAGAAUGCAACAAAGAAAGUCCCCACUAAGAAUGCAACAAAGAAAGUCCCCUCUAAGACUGCAACAAAGAAAACUGCAACAAAGAAAGUCCCCACUAAGAAUGCAACAAAGAAAGUCCCCUCUAAGACUGCAACAAAGAAAGUCCCCACUAAGAAUGCAACAGAGAAAGUCCCCUCUAAGACUGCAACAAAGAAAGUCCCCACUAAGAAUGCAACAGAGAAAGUCCCCACUAAGAAUGAAAUAAAGAGAGUUUCCUCUAAGACUGCAAAAAAGAAAGUAUCCUCUAAGACUGAUACAAAGAAAGACCCCACUAAAACUGCAACAAAAAAGUAUCCUCUAAGACUGCGACAAAGAAAGUCCCUACUAAAAGUCCCCAUUGAAACUGCUACAAAGAAAGUCCCUACUAAAAGUCCCCAUUGA